AUGAGAUUCACAAUUCGGCUACUUUUGAUCUUCUUUAUUGUGUUCACAGUGCAAUCUGGCAACGUUGACUACACUGAUGAUGAAUGGGGGCACCAUCACGGAAGGUUUGAGCAUGGCCCACAUCAUUCAGGAGAAAUAAUAGCAGACUUUGAUGAUAACCAAGCUGCGACAAACGAAAGCGAAGAGAUUGCUCCAGAGCCCGAAAAUGUCACUGUUUCAAUCUAGACACUACGCAUUAUAAUAGAGAUCCACGGUCCACUAUAAUAUGAUAAUAAACUUUCUUCGAAA